AUGGCCGCACUUGGGCUUGUGAUUGAUUUCGGAACGGGUCGUGUCACCUGGGACGGCAGCGAGAUGAUUUUUUGCAUCGCAAGCAGCAGUUCCCCCCCGUUAGCGCCUAUCGCGGCUUGUCCUGACUCAGCUAGUGGUGACGAUGAUGAUGUUUGCGCUGGGGAUGAUGAAUUUUUCGCCGGUGAGGAGACUACAGUGAAACCUCUGGAUUUGCUUCCUGAAUUUCUAGAACAAGCGCUACAGCACUGCUACUUGAAGCUUCUAGAGGAGUACGUCGAUUUGUACAACGGGCGUCUUGGAAGAAUCCGCCUCGACGAUUACAUUCUGCCUCUCCGUGCUGAUUAUAAGCCGGUGCACACCAAGCCGUACGCCGUACCACGACGGUGA